GUGUGCGCCUGUCACCCAGAUGCAGAGGAAGGAAGAAGACCGUCCACAGACUACAGAUAGAGGAAAUCGUGACGCUUGUGCAGUAAUGGACCUGCGCUCUGAGCUCCUGAAGUCAAUCUGGUAUGGCUUCACUGCACUGGAUCUGGAGAGGAGUGGAAAGGUCUCCAAGUCUCAGCUGAAGGUGUUGUCACACAACCUCUGCACAGUGUUGUCCAUCCCUCAUGACCCAGUUGCUUUGGAGGAGCACUUCCGGGAUGAUGAUGACGGUCCAGUCUCCAGUCAGGGUUACAUGCCCUAUCUCAACAAAUACAUCCUGGAUAAGGUAGUUGAAGGUUCCUUCAACAAGGAAGAUGUGGAUGAGCUAUGUUGGACCCUAACAGCUAAGAAAAACUACAAACCUAACAGGAGUUCAACCACAGUUUUGGCCGAGAGGGAUGCAUUUCGGCUUUGGUGCCUUUUUAACUUUCUGUCGGAGGACAAGUACCCUUUGGUGAUGGUCCCUGAUGAGGUGGAGUACUUACUCAAGAAGAUAUGUGCAGCAAUGAGCGUUGAGCUAAAUUGUGUUGAACUGGAGGACUUACUCUCCCAAGAUGCAGUGCAACAGAAAGGCAUUACUGUUUGGUUUUUCUUGGAGAUGAUGGAUGCAGGAAAGCUGGCUAGAGGCAUUGAUAGGAGUGUCAUCAGUAUGGCUAUUGAAGAAGUAUACAGGGAGAUUGUUGGAGAUGUCCUCAAAGAGGGUUAUUUGUGGAAGAAAGGCCAACUCAGGAGAAACUGGAAAGAGCGUUGGUUUACUCUGAAGCCAGGCAACUUGUUGUACUACACUGGGGAGGACCGCAAGGAGUGCCAGGGCAAAAUUGCUUUGGAUAGUAACUGCUGUGUAGAGGUUCUGCCGGACCGCGAUGGUAAAAGGUGCAUGUUUUGUCUAAAAACGCUCUCCAAAUCAUAUGAAAUGAGCUCGUCAGACACCAAACAAAGACAAGAAUGGACAACAGCCAUUCAGACAGCUAUCAGGCUGCAUGUUGAGGGGAAGACGUCCCUGCACAAAGACUUGAAGCUGAAACGGCUCGAGCAGCGUGAGCAGCGUGAAAAGAGGCAGAGGGCCAAGGAGGAGGAGUUGCAGAGGUUGCGGGAUCUACAAGAAGAACGGGAGCGCAAGCUGGCUGAGCUGGAGCUUUUGAGGGAAGCGCAGAAACAGGCCCAAGUUCUCCUAGAGCAGGAUGAAGAGAGGAGGCGACAGCAACACGAGCAGCUCCAGCAGACCUUGGAAGUGCAGCUGCGAGAGGCCGAGGAGGUGCGAAUCAGUAUGCAGGCAGAGAUGGCUCUAAAAGAGGAGGAAGCAGAAAGGCACAGGAAGAGGAUCAGCGAGCUGGAGGAGAUGCAGAAACGACUGGAGGAGGCACUUCAGCAGGAGAUUCGAGCCAGGCUGGAUGAGGAAGCUUUCCGUUACGCUCAAGCAGGGUUACUUGCUGAGGAGGAAGAGAAAAUGAAGGCGCUGAUGACCCUGCAGGAGGAACAGGAAGAGUACAUCCUGAAGACACAGCGGGAGAAGGAGGAGCUACAGCAGGAGAUGGAAGCCAAGUCCCGGGCAUUGGAUGAGGCACAGAGGCAGCUGGAAGAGGUCCGGGCCAAUCGGCAUAGAGUUGACCAGGAUGUAGUGGCUGCUCAGAAAAAACUUCGCCAAGCAAGCACCAACGUCAAACACUGGAAUGUUCAGAUGAACAGACUGAUGCGACCCAUUGGACCUGGCGACAAAAGACCUUUGUCGGGAAGCUUGGUGCCAUCCUUCCAGAUUCCGAGCCAAAGAGAUCCCGGACUGCAUCUCAAAAGAUUUUCAGCAUCUGAGGAUCAAAACGAGGAAUGUAAAGAAAAUCUUAACGACAGCCAUGGUUGCGAUACAGAUAUUGAAAGACGCGAUUCCCACACUUCUAAUGGAGACCUGAACUUCCCCUAAAUCCAUGGUUCAUACUCUAGAUGAUUCAUGUCUACCCAAUCCUUUUUUUUCAUUAGAGGAGUAGGCAUUUAAAACUAGGUGACAGUAUCUGAGUGUUCAUCAGAUGUUUAACUAUGAAUACUGAAGUUAAAAACUUUUUGGGGGGUUUAUUUUUGUUAAUGUUUCAGCGAUGCACUGUAUCUGCAUUAUUAACCACUGAGCUCUGAAUAACUGUGAUGUUAACGCACUGGCUUGGAUGCCAUUGAUGUCCAAUCCAUUACAACUGCAAAUGGCUGAGAGUGAACUGAGUUAAAAUGCUAGUGAAUUUCAUCAUAAAAUACUCUCUACAGUCAUACAUUCAAAUUGGUAACUUUUUACUAGUGUGUGCACCGAUACCAUUUUUUGGCCCCGAUACCUGGCUGUGCAGUAUAACUUUUUAUUGCAUACAUGGUAUGGGUGACAAUAGUUAAAUACACCUUUGACUCUCAAAGGCCAAAUUAGUGCUAAAUUCGUGAAAUUAAAACAUUCAUAAUACUAGCCCAUCAGUAAGAACGUAAAAAUACAAUGAAUGAACUGAAAAAACUUUUUUAAGCCCUGAGUUUUGGCUCUCAAAGGCCAAACAGUGCAACUUUCAUGAAAUUAUAAGUAAUAAUAAUUGACCACAGCGUCCUGUCUCUCUAUUAUCCUCCCUUUCUGUGCACCAGCAGCAACACGCACUUAGCCACUUAGCUUAGCUUACUUCUACAGCACUACAAUGUGUUCCAUAUUGAACCAAUACAGAAUAUACUGUACAUAUGAAUAGAUACAUUUCUAUGCAUUUUAGGUGUUUUGGGGAUGUCCCUUUUUUUCGUCGCCUGUACAGCUUUGGGCGGGAGGGCGGCGUCCCAUAUCUCUAUUUCUGAAAGGUGGCAACCCUACUUUGGAAACAUGUCUCAAAUUACUGCGGCAUUUCUUUCGGUAAAAGACAAUAAAAGUAAAGAAGACGAGAUGAACUGACCAGGGAUUGAUGCUCUGGUCCAGCCCCCUUCUUCUGGACAGCAGUUCUGCUGUUGCAGCCUCAAACUCUUUGUGUUGGUUCACAUGUUUCGUCUUCAAAUGUUUUAUUGGGUCCAAGGUAUUGAAACUGGCCCAUUUGACUCCACCCCUCGAAACCUUUCCGCAAAUCUUGCAUGCAGCUAUUGAUUGUAAUCGAUGGAAUUUCUAUGCUGAAAUAUUUCCAGACCGCCGCCAUUUCUCCUGGUUUGUUUUUCCUCCAUAUGAAAAAGCUGCCCCGGCAUUGGUUAAGAGCAGCUAUUGGCCCGCUCUCACUGGUCUGGAGCAGGCAAAUAGCGAUAGCUGCCUGGCAUGCAAAGAAAUCACGUGUCAUCACACAACACAGAGACAGAGUGUAGUGAGCGUCAGAAGGAAAAAAGGCUGUGGUCAAGUGUGACAAUACUGGACCGGUAAAUGGUAUCGGCGCCUUAUUUGUUGAUACUCGCCGACACCGAUACCACCAUUUCGUGCCGGCCCCCCCCCCCCCCCCCCCCGCCGAUACUGGUAUUGGUAUCGGUGCAUCAGUACUUUUUACUUUUCAAGAUGAUAAUUUACAUAUUUUUAAUGUUACACAAUACACAAUGUCACUUUACUUUCAUCGUCAACUUGACAAAACUAUGAGGAAACAAACCUUAAACGUACAUUCACAUGAUGAAAUGAGACUCGACUGUAUCUGCAAUGGCUGUUUUUUCAGUCAGUGAAGAUGGUGAAGAUUGGUCAAGUGACAUAACAGUUAGCAGCUAAAAGUGUGAACAAGAAAGUGCAUGAAGGAACAAAAGAAUGAUGAAGGGGACCAGUGUACAUAAAGUAGCACAUCGCCAAGUUUAUAGUUAUUCCUGCAACUAAUGAAUGGUGUUUUUAGGGUCCAUGACAUUCCUAAUAACUCACCAAUGUUUGCAAACAUCUAUAUCGUUGUGUAAAUAACUGUACAAAUGCAAUAGCCACAAUUCAACCGGUGAGUGGAAAUGGGAAAAUAGGGGAUAAAAAAUAAAAAAGCAAAAAUGACCACAAUUAUCAGUUUCACUGGUUAAGUCUCAGGAACCAAAGUGUAACAGGAAAUCAGCCUUUUUAAUUUCAAGCAGCCAGUUCAGGUGAAUUGUAACUGCGAUUGGAGACAGCCAUUGUUGUGGUUUUAUGGUGGUUCCAAGGUUUGACUUUUUAAACGGACCUGUUCAUACAUGUUUUCAGCUUCAGUUUUCUUCAUUUUCAAAGCACUUGUUUUUUAGUUGUAUUUAGGACCACAAUGUAUCUGUUGUUGGAUAGAUUUUGUAUUUUCAAAGUGCAAAAGAGAAUGACUGCAA